AUGGAGGCGCCAAGCGAGGUUGACUCGCCUUCUUCUCGACCUGCCUCCAGCGCCUCUUCACCAGUCUCAGCAGCUGACGCCGGGGCCUCUUGUCUCUCAGCGUCUGGCGGGGACGUCGCCCUCGACGACUCUCUGUACUCUUGGGAUGUGAAGGAGAUGCGGUACAUGUCGAUUUCUGCAUUCUUCAAGGCCAGCUUGCACUGCUUCGUCUCUGUCUUCUCCUCGCACGUCCGGUCUGCCUCUGCGUUGCCGUUGCCUUCUUCUCUCCGCGCCUACUCGGUUCUCGACGAGGCUCUGCAGCGCGCCUCGGAGAACGAAGAAGAGGACAGACAUAGGCAGGCAAACAGUGGAAGCAGAGACGCCAGGAGCAGGGACUCACCCCACAAGAAUGAACGCUUCGCGUCUGAUUGGAGAGACGUGGAAGGCGGCCGACAUCUCACCGAGACAGACGAAAAGAAGGAAGGAGAGCCAAAGGAGUGUGGCGGCGACGCGGGCGUCCUCGUUCCUCUUCAAAGGCACUUCUCCAGCUUGCUCCAGUCUCUCUCUUGGCCCUACGGAGGAGACCAGCAGCACGGAGAAGCCGACACAGAACACUCUCAAAAGUCGCGAGACAACGACCCCCUCGGCGACGUCCUCCCAGUGCAACAGCUCGCUCUCGUCGACGCCGGAGUCUACGUUCGUCCAAACUUGUCCGAGCUCCUCGCCGGCCUCAACGACGAUAACCAAAUGCAGAAUCUGCUGAAUCGAUGCAAAGCAAUUGACGAGGAACUUGCUCGUCUUGAACAAACAUCCGAGAAAAAACAAGGCGACAGCGGGAGGCAACGCGCGUCCACACUUCCUCUCGCUCCCUCACCUGGCUCCCUCCAAAGCCACCCUCUGUCUUCUUCCUCUUCUCUCUGUUCCUCUCCUUCUUCUCUAUCCUCUUCUUUGUCUGUUCUAGGGGCCAGCGAAGCGUCGCGUUUUCGCGCUGCGGCCGUGUCGGCGGAGAGAGCGCAGCUGCGGGCUGAGAGAAGAAGGUUGGAGGCAAGACAGGAGCAGCUUCGCAGCCUCGCGAGCGACUUGUGGGGUUUGUGCGGUCUCGACAUCCAGAGAGACAGAGUAUCUCUGGCGGACUUUCUCGCGCUGUUCUGCUCCAAUUUGCAGAGCCGCUCUCAGGUCCGAGAGGCAGAGACUCUUUUUCGUUUGUGCCAGCGAACAGGCAGUCCGGAUCUCUCCUUCGAAGACAUGCUCCUGGGUCUGCCCACGCGAGCCUACGAAGUCAUCUUCGUCGUCAGAGAAAUGAAGAAAAAAAGCAGACAGUCUUUCCGAUACUUCUGGAUAUGA